CAAAGCGCUCCAGUGCGCCUUUAAUUUGAGUUGUGUGGUGUGUUUUGUGGGGAGAGGCUAAAAGGCGCCACCGUUGCCGCCGCCGCCGCCGUUGUGCUGCCUCACGGUGAGUGAGGCCGAGGCCUGGUUGAGGUUCGGGCCUCCUCAGCGGAUGAUGCCUUCAAUAAAACUGCAGAGCUCCGAUGGAGAAAUAUUUGAAGUUGAUGUUGAAAUUGCAAAACAGUCUGUAACAAUCAAGACUAUGCUGGAAGACUUGGGAAUGGAUGAUGAAGGAGAUGAUGACCCUGUUCCUCUUCCAAAUGUUAAUGCAGCUAUACUAAAAAAGGUGAUUCAGUGGUGCACCCAUCAUAAAGAUGAUCCACCACCUCCUGAGGAUGAUGAAAACAAAGAGAAACGAACAGAUGAUAUCCCUGUGUGGGAUCAAGAAUUUCUCAAAGUAGACCAAGGAACUCUCUUUGAACUCAUCUUGGCUGCAAACUACUUAGAUAUCAAAGGCUUACUGGAUGUGACAUGCAAGACUGUUGCAAAUAUGAUUAAAGGCAAAACACCAGAAGAAAUCCGCAAGACUUUCAAUAUUAAAAAUGACUUCACUGAAGAGGAAGAAGCCCAGGUACGCAAAGAAAACCAAUGGUGUGAAGAGAAGUGAAGCUUUGUGCCUGAUCCCUAACAACACUUUCCUAAGAUACUUGAAUGAGAACAUCAUGCAAGUAUUAGGAGGAUCAACCUGCAAUUCUACCUUUGAUUCAUUUAUGGUCAGCUUACUCACUACUUUCAAACUGUAACCUGUCAGCAUUACUGUCUCUUUCUAAUCUUUCUGAAAAUGGAAGGAAAAGAAUGUUAGAAGUUAACUAUGGUUGGAGUCUGAAAAAAAUGAGGUCAAUGAAAGAGUUUUCUCAGUCCAUAUCAAAUGUAGGUCUACAGUUAAAUAAUUAUUAAUUUGAAGUUGUAGACUGUCCCUACCAUUAUUUAUACUGAUUUAAAGCUGUAGUUAACCGAUUUCUCAUUCCCCAGAAAUUUCUGUUUUCCUUUUUAAGAGAGAUAAGUGGGGAAAAUCGGAAGCAGUUUCUUCUCAUUGCCGCAGAAUAAAGUACUAUGGGAAAUGUGCUGCAUGCUCCUCAACGCUGCAAAUUGCGUAGUUAACUUUGUGUGUUAGCUUGCAUGUAAAAAUAGUUCUAUUUGAUUUACCUGAAUCAGUUUUUUUCUUCCUUUUUGUUCCUUUAGAGCAGUGUUUCUCAACCUUGACAAUUUUAAGGCAUGUGGACUUCAACUCCCAGAAUUCCACAGCCAGCAAUGCUGGCUGUGGAAUUCUGGGAGAUGAAGUCCACAUGCCUUAAAAUUGUCAAGGUUGAGAAACACUGCUUUAGAGGUAGGCUUUUCUAAACUUUAUUUCUUAAGGAUUCAAUAUAUGGUUGCUUCAAUAAAAGACAGUUAAAGAAUGAACAUGCUAAUGUAGAAUGCUUGUUCUACACUGCAUUCUUUACUAAGCUUCAUGUUGCUCAAUUAAAAAAACAAGCAGCAAGCUUGAUACAAUGGAUAAGUAUUUAGAUUUUCCUCUUAUUUUACUCUCACUAGUUAAAUAUGAAUUUAUUUCAGGUUUUAACUAGCAAUAAUUUUCGCCUGGCCUGUGUGUGUUCAGAUAGUGCAGAGAUGCCAUCAAAAUAGGGAGAAGGCAAAUAUGAAUUGUCAUAGAUGUAUGCUUUAUAUUGUUCAAUAUAAGACCUGAAAAAAUAUGUUGUUUAUUAAUACACUUACAGAAAAAUACUCCAUAUGAAUCUGAAAAACUGGCAUUGCAAUAAAUUGUAGUGAGAGCAGAACUUGGUUCAAUCAAA